ACCCAAAGAAGAAGAAAAGGGUAUUCGAUAGAAGAGUUAAUCAAAUGGCAGAGAGUUGUGUGAAGCUUAUAGGAACAUGGACGAGUCCAUUUGUUUUGAGGGCUCGGAUUGGGCUUAGCCUGAAGCAUGUUCAAUAUGAGUUCCUUGAAGAGAAGUUCGGACCAAAAAGUGACUUGCUUCUCAAUUCCAAUCCGGUCUACAAGAAAGUUCCUGUCCUUAUUCAUGCAAAUAAGCCCAUUCCUGAAUCUUUGGUUAUCCUUGAGUACAUUGAUGAAGUUUGGGCCUCAUCUGGACCCUCCAUUCUCUCUUCUGAUCCUUAUGACCGAGCUAUGGAUCGCUUCUGGGCUGCCUAUAUUGAUGAAAAGAUGACCUCAAUCAUUCGAGGUCUUGCAAUAAGUCCAGUGAAAGAGGGAGCAGAAGUAGCACUAGAGCAGGUCAAGACAGGAAUAAUGCUUCUAGAGGAGACUUUUCGUGAACGAAACAAAGGAAAGGCUUUCUUUGGUGGAGAUGAAAUUGGGUUCAUUGACAUUGCAUUUGGAUGCCUCUUGAGUUUGAUUAAGGCCACACAGAUUCGAAGUGGGCUGCAACUCAUCCACCCAGCAAGAGCACCCUUAUUGACCCAUUGGGCCAAAAGGUUCAAUCAACACUCUCAUGUCUUUCCUUACUUACCGGAUCCACAUAAGCUCGCCGAGUUUGCUGAGCUUCUUUCUACUCGAGCCCAAGCCCAAGCCCAAACUCAAGCCGAAGUCUAAAUGAUUAUCUUCAAUGUAUUAUUUAUUAAUCCAUUAAAGAUUUCAAUCAAACUCUGUUGUCUUAAUAAUAAAGUUAAUGUUAAAAAAAGGGUAGGUAAUUAUUUGGUGUCCUGUGUUUUUGCAAAGUAUUAUUUUGGUACUA